GUGUGACUCUGAAGAAACCCUUUUUAGGUCAUGCCUUUCCCUCCGGGACCAUGUGUCAUGAAGCCCUUCGGACCGGCAGCUCCACGCGGACCUAUAAGAGCCAGUGUGCGGUGAAGCGGUGGUGCGCACACGUGCAGGCGGCCUGACGCGCGCCGCUGCCUCCCCGCCUCCAGCAGCCUCCGGCGCCAGCAGGUGGUCCUGCACCGCCGGGAAGCGGAGGACAGCAGGAGGAGGGCAGACCGCGGUCGAGCUCAGAGCAAACAAAGGAAGAGGGAGAUAAACCGGAUCAUCUGUUGCUGCUCCGCCCCGGGACGGACAGUGGCGGGACCGCGGCCGCCGGUCGAGGUCAGCCGCUCCGCCGCCUGCGGGCCGAGCGCGGGUGGCGGCUGUGAACCCGCCGGGGCGACGCAGAAGCGUGUGGGGGCUCCGGGGGGAGACCGAGGAGGCGGAUCUGUUGUCGGAUAACGACGGUUUGGUCAGCGACAUGGGAAGAGAAGUCUCAGUCGCCCUGUAAGAUGUUUCCUCACCACAGAGAAAGGGAGCAGCCGAUCUUCAGCGCUCGGGCCCAUGUUUUCCAAAUCGACCCCGCCACCAAGAGGAACUGGAUCCCUGCCAGCAAGCACGCCGUCACCGUGUCCUUCUUCUACGAUGCCAACCGCAAUGUCUACCGCAUCAUCAGCGUGGGUGGCACCAAGGCAAUUAUCAACUGCACCGUUACGCCCAGCAUGACGUUCACCAAGACGUCGCAGAAGUUCGGUCAGUGGGCUGACAGCCGGGCCAACACUGUCUACGGUCUGGGUUUUGCUACAGAGCAACAGCUGCACCAGUUCUCCGAUAAGUUUAAGGAGGUGAAAGAUGCAGCUCGCCUGGCACGUGAAAAGUCGCAGGACAAAGAACUGGCCAACACUGCGCUUACCAUCGCUGCUCCUCAGUUCUCACAGGACCUCUCGGAUGAACUCCAGUCUCCACCUGUGAUGUGUGUGAACGGGCCGGAGGACAAGCUGUUCCGCAGCCAGAGCGCAGACAUCACCCUGUCUUCUGAGAAGGAGCGUAUUAAAAAGAUGCUCUCUGAGGGGUCUAUUUGUGAGAUGAACCUGGAGGCUGAGCUCUUCACUCUGCAGGACAGCAACACCAAGUUGGUGGCAGCUUUGCACGAGGCUAAUGCCAACGUGGAGCAGUGGAAGAAGCAGCUGGCGGCGUAUCAGGGGGAGACCGAGCGGCUGCGGGAGCAGUUGGUUGAACUGGAGGCCCACGGAGGCCAAGGCCCCAGUGACCUGCUGAAGGAUGAGCUGACCCAGUCCCUGGAGGAGCUGGAGGCCCUGCUGAAGGCCAAAGACGAGGAGAUCCACAUUUUGCAGAGCAAGAAAGCAGAGUACCAUGAAAUGGAACACGAUAGGGAUGAGGCCAUGCACAGGUUACGGGAGACAGAGAUGCGUAAUUCGGAGUUGGAGCGGCGCAUCCAGAACUCAGAGCAGAACCUGAGUAACUCUCUGGAGGAACGGGAUCGCAUGGACGCUGAGAUCCAGAGGGCCAUUGAAAUUCUGGACAUCAAGAUCUUUGACCUUAACGACCUCCGCCAGGGCCUAGUUAAACUCAUUGACAAAUAAGAAAGGGGGGGGUGUGGGGGGACCCCAAUCCAAGAGAGAGCUGGGACAGGAGCCGGGGGUUGAGUUUGUCAUGGCCACGGCAGCAGCUACUAAAGAAAACAAGAUGGAGCUGGCCCGUGUCCUCUUCAAGUACAAGAACCACCUCGGCUGCAUGAAGGGGUCUGUGUCGCAGCAGUGGCUGCGCCGUGCUCAACAACACACUGCAGGUGUUGGCCUCCGCAGCAGCAUAUAACUGGUGUCGCUUGUCCAAUCUAAUGUAACGCUUCGUGUCCCUUUCAAGGGUUAACAUUCAGUGCAAUAAACCAACUUAAAGGUAAGUGCUUAACAGUGCUAGGCAUUUCAUUUUGAGAACCGGUGCUUGUAGUUUUUCAUAAGUACAACUUUUGUAUAGAACAAAAAAAAUGGCGAUGAAGUGUCAAUAUGAACGAUUAGAGGCCUUGGGAUAUUUUCUUUUUUCAGUCCUUGCAUGUAAGGAAACGAUUAUACUCAGUGAAAAGUAAACGCAAAUAAAAGAAUGCACAAGACAGUAUUACUUUUAAGAGAUUUGCCUAUUUAACAAACCUUCAUACAACACAGUGAUUACUGAAUUUAUAUUUUGAUUUGUAAACUUAAACAUGUGUAUUGUCUUGUAGCAUCUACAAUGUUUUGCAGGUGAAGGUCGUAGUUUGUUCCAGGACGGUGCUUCUCUUAGCAAUGACACUCAAACAAAAUCAGUAAAAUAGAAUGCUAAUACUGUUUUGAUGCUAAGGGGGAAGACAUGGACGUGAAACUUGAACUCAAACAGUGGAUCUGAAUAUUGACACCAAAGAUCAAAUAUUAGAAGCCGAGUGAGUGAUAAAGUCUUUCAGCAGCUUGUCUGUUCUCACGUCUUAAUUUAAGCAUGUAAGGAACCGUUAAAUAUAAAGUAAGUUUCUGUUACUCUUUCGUAUAAUUAUGAUAGAUACGUGUUUUCAAAAUGAUAAUUAAAUUAAAUGAGUAAUCAUAAGAAAUAAAAGUCUUCACUUAGUCUCACAGAUAAGUUGACGUUUGGACUGGCCCCGGUCUGAAGAAUCGUCCUGUGCAACAUCUCUCAACACACCACUCACUUAGCAACUGGUUCAUGACGACUGCACCUCUCAAUAAUCAUGCCACUCUGAUUGCUGUGACACGUUCGAGGACAUUUAGGAGACAUGUAGUCCUGUGGUUUUUCAAAACGUUACCUUUAGCUGUGGACAAAGCAACUUGCCACCGGCCUUGAGAGUGUGGCUGUAAUGUGAAAAAAAAAAAAAAAAAAUCAAAGAAGAAAAACAGAGUUCAGAGUCUUUUUAUCGUAAGUCUUGUUUAACAUGGUCUAUAAUGCCGUUUGUAUUAAUUUUUUGAGCCUUACUGUUCUAUUUAAGGAUGAUUGUGGACAGUCAUCUCUGCUCUAUGUCAAACUUUGAGCUGUUGUGACGACAGUUUGGAAAUAAAACUACCGAUGCAGUCA